UUCAGGACGCAGGGUGCAUACCGUUCCAGCCCAGCCUGCAGCGCCUGCCGUUGCUAGGGUGAGACAGCUCACAGAGAUGUGACUGGAUUGCAGAGGCUAGCAAGAGAACACCAUCACCGGUGCACCUAUUGUCAUCUGCCAAGAAUUUGCCAUUAUCCCUUCAUCACUAUUAAUAUCGGUUGGACUGUAGCGUUAGGUUGAAAGCUUUACCUCAUCCUUUUGUUGAAGCUUGGGGCUUGGAUAACUUGGAGUUCAUCACAGGGUCUACACUUGCCGCGACUGGAUUAAAAAGGGUGGGUUGUUUUGGAAAAACUUAUCUUGGGUGGCAGCUCUAGCUAAUUUAGCCUCCCACAACAUCCCAUUGAAAAGCCUUUUUCUAUAGUUCUGACAUUUAAUAAGAGUGAAGAAGUCCAUCUGAGAGGCUGAACCUAAACAUGUCUCGCCCUCUGUUCAGACGGAAUGGAGGCUGGGACCCUCUCCAGGAGUGGCCCAGAUCCACCCUUUUGGAACAGUGUGCUAAGGAACCCUCUCUGCUUGAAGGGAUUGACAGCAGCUGGCUGGACACAGCCCGGAAAAAGCUGGCAGCAUCUCCCUGGCCAGGUUUCUUCUCCUUUCCCUUAGUGACACCUGUGUGCCCGGAGGUGUUGCCUCCACCUCAGCAAAGCCAGGUUUCUCCUGCUGCCUGGAGGAUCUCACUGGAUGCUGGUCAUUUUUGCUCAGAGGAGAUCAGUGUUAAAGCCACUAAAGGAUAUCUGGAGAUAGCAGGGAAACAUGAGGAAAGGCAGGAUGACCGUGGGAUCAUUUCCAGAAGCUUUUCAAGGAAGUAUAAGCUGCCAGCAGAGGUCGAUCUUCAGCAGUUGAGCUGUUCGCUCUCUGCAGAAGGAAUCCUUUCAGUCGAGGCACCGCUGGGCACAUCUUCCGCUAGCUUCCCUGCAGAAAUCCUUAUCCCCAUUCAGAUGAAACAAACACAGUAGGUUUGUUCAAGUAUGGAAAAGUGACCAACUUUACUGACUGCAAGUGGCCAUUAUUUAAAUCCUGUUUUAAUCGAUCAUUUUGAGUUGGAUUGAAUCACCACUGAAAGAACAGACUUGCAUUUAUCUAAUUUGAGAUUCCAGCUUCAUCUGAGAACAUUAACUCUUUGUAAUAAAUUUGUAAUUUGUAAUAAAUCCUUCCACAUUCAGGUCUAAUAUUGUA